CUGUGACAGCAGGGAACUUUUAUUUUUAUUAAUAAACAAUACCUAAAAAUGUACAAUAAAAAAACCUGAAUGAUGUCUCUGUAAUGUUCCACAGAAGAGAGUCAGAGGUUUGGACGACAUGAGGGAGUUAAAGCCUGAAGUCUGGCAGUUUUCCUUCACUGCAAUACUGAGGGACGCACGUCUCGCUAACCCUGGGGUAAUCUGAGCCGCUCACCAAAACAGGAAGUGACUGUCAGUUCUCAAGAAAAGCCAGAGCGAUGACAUCAUCAGAUGACCACUGCAAACACACACACGAGUGUGAGCGCUUCAGAUUCUCUAGAGUGAAAUAAAUAUAGUCGUGCUGACAUCGGCUCGCUCUCACUCCGUCAGCAUGAUGAAGACGACUCUGCUCGUGGUGUUCCUCCUCACACACUCCUCAGAAACUCAAGAUAUUCUUACAGUCAGUAAAAUAUCAGUUCAAAAACACCAAACCAUCAUAAUCCCUUGUUUAUAUGAUGAGAGAUAUGUCAGUAACCGUAAAUACGUGAGUUCUGGAGGUGUGUGGGUCUUCAGUAGAGAAGUGCACAGCCGAGUGUGUGUGUCGGAUGACCGAGAGGAGAAGGUGUUCACGGCCACGCUGAGCAGCGCCGAGAAGCGCGACUCCGGCCCGUACUGGUGUGCCGUCGAGAGUUCUGGGUCUGAUCCGCACGCACGACUCGACCUGGAGGUUAUCAAAGGCAAGGCCCGGCUCCACGUGUCGAGUCAGAGCGUGUCCGGCUACGAGCGAGGGAGCGUCUCCGUCCUCUGUCACGGAGCGCACCUGUGGUGUCGGCUCGGAGGCUCGUGUGUUGGGAGAGGCGAGGAAAGCUCAGAUAAAACUCAUGUCAGUGGAGACGGCGAGGCUCUGAGCGUGAGCUUGAGCGAGCUGAAGAUAGAGGACAGUGGAUGGUACUUCUGCUCCGAUGGGAAAUACCAGAUGCCAGUUCAUAUCAGUGUGGGGAAGGCCAGACCAGUUACUGUUCCCUACACAGGCCACAGCACAGCAGUCAGCCAAGACAACGUGGCGUGGGGUCCGAGUCUCCUGUGGCGGGCCGUUCUGGGAGCGAUGCUGCCCGCGAUCUUCUGUGUGGCUGUGGCUCUGAUCGGACGAAACAUCAGAAGAAAGCGGAGAGCUGAUCCUCCGGGUCCGUCUGAAGGCAUGAGCGAUCAACAUUGGCCCAGCAGAAGUGGGAGAAACGAGGAGGUUACAUGUGAAAAUCUCUAUAAAAAUACUGGAAUUAAACAAAACAUUCAGGGAAAUGAGAAAAAUGAGGAGGUUAAAUGUGAAAAUCUUUAUGAAAUGACUGAAAUCAAGCAAAACACGCAGGGAAAUGAGAAAUGCGAGCAGGUUACAUGUGACGAUGUCUAUGAAACCAUGACUGGAAAUACACAAAACAUUCAGGGGAAUGAGAAACACAGCAAGGUUGAAGAUCUUUAUGAAACCAUGACUGGAAAUAAACAAAUCAUUCAGCUGCCUGAAAUGGAUAAUAAAAACAUAUAUGAAUGUAUGGUCCGAAUAGUGCAAUAGUUAUAUAAGCAGACACAUGUCCUCUGUGUGAUCAGUCUUUAUGGGUGAAGAACAGCAGUAUGUUUAGUUUCCUUCAGCCCUUGGUUUCUGUGAUGUGAAAAAUACAUCAUGUGAGGAUUGUUUUUUCUUUAACCUUUAUAUGACGUUCCAGAUGAUGACUGUCAUACUAAGAUGUUUUUCUUGAAGUUGUCUCGCUGUUUCUCAUUUUGGCUAAAGUUUCGACACGUUGAGCUGUUGAUGAAAAUGUGAACGAAAUUUCUAUGUUAUGAUAUUUUUAUUCAUGUGAAUUUUGCUGGGAAUUGAACCCUUGAUCGUAGCGUUGCGAGAGCCUGCUCCACUGUUAGAGUACAUAAAAUAUAUAAAUGUUUAAUUUAUUUAAAUGACAUAAAAAAAUAUCAUGUUCACAUUUUGUCAAAUUCAAUGCUGUUUUAUAAACCAUAUUUUCUCAUGUUUACUUUUUUGUAAUGUUUAAGAAGUAUUAAUGUUACAGGUUUACUAUUUUUAUAUUAUAUUACUUUUCUUUUUUAUAUUGCGAUUGUAUUGUAUUGAAUCCACAUUCAAUUUAGAGACUUGGGAAAAUCUCAGAGUAAAUCUGGGUGUUGUGCUAAAUUAUACAAAAGGGCCUUUGACAAAUGAGAAGUUUAUCUAUGCAUCAUCUUUUUACUCUUUUCAUUCGUUUUAUAACUGUAUCAUAUAUCUCUUUUAAUUUCUUUUAUAUCUGUUUUGAAUUUCCUUGCUUAUUUUAAUUCCUUUGUGUAACACACUUUGAAUUGCCAUAGUGUAUGAGAUGUGCUGUAUAAAUAAACUUGCCUACAGUCAAUUUCACCUGUAACAUGACAAUCAAACAGAAUUUUAGCAUACUUGUAAUGAGUGAAAGCAUGCAUGCAGAGUUGAGUAAAUGUCAGACGGUUAGUUUUCCAGUGGGUUAUGGUUCAUUGAGUGUCGUCGACUGUGUUCAAAAGCUUCAUUUCCUCAGCGUUUCAGAGUCCGAGGCUUCGUUUUCAUGAAGCGGAAAAACUGUGGGUGUAAAUCGUGCUUCUUUCUUUCUUUCUUUUUUAGUUAAGUUUAAGAAAUACUUUGUGGAGUAAAAGUC